AUUGUUUUGUAAACUAGUAUAUUGUUUUUUGUUUAUUGAAUAUUUUUUGUUUUUUGAAUAUUUUUUAUUUAUGUUAUUAAUGUUUUUAUUGUUUAAUGGGUUUUUUUUUAUUUUUUUGUAGGUUUUUAAUGAUGAUGCUCCUUCAUUUGAUAUUAUGAGUUUUAUUUCUAGUAAACCUGAUUGGUUUACUGAAGAAAAAAAGAAUACUGAUAAAUUGAAUGAUGAAGAACAGGUUGUUGAUGAUCAUGGCCUAUUUAAGGAUGUUGUUAAAAAAUCUAAGGAGGAUGAAGAUGAUGGUGGUGAUGACCAGGGUUUGGGGGGUGGUGAUGCUGUUAAAGCUAUUGGUUCAGAUGGGACAAAUAAAGACAAUGUUGAGGGAAAGAAUACUGAAGAAGCAAAAGAUGUUGCAGAUGGGAGUAAUAAAGAUAAUGUUGAGGGCAGAGCAGUUGAUGUAGAUGCAAGUGUAAAUGAUGUUGAAGGUGUUUGUAGUAAGGGAAAGUUGUUUGAUAGUCAAGGCACUGAGGAUAGUAUCACUGUGUCUGCUUUGGAGAUUAUAAAUGAAAAGAUUGAUGCCUAUGAGGGAAGCAUUAAAAAGGAUAAGUCUUUAAAUAAAUUAGAGGCAACAAAUGCUGAUGUUUUAUCUACCUAUGGGUUGGACAAGACUGAUGUUGUUGGUGUUGAGAAGAAGCAUGGUUCUCAAGAAAGCUUUUCUGUAUCUACCAUGGAGGUUGUUAAUGAUCAUUUGGUUUCCUAUGAAGACAGUUUGAAAAAGGGAAAGUCUAUAAAAUUGGAGGAAGAAACUCCUACAGUUGGAAAUAGAGAGAGGAAACCUAGUUCUGUAUACAACAGUCCGUAUGCCACAGAAUUUGGUUCAGGUAGUAUUGGUAAACCAAAAGGUGGACGUCCUGGAUCAUGUGCUUUUGGAUUUGGCUUUUUCAAUGUGAUUGAUGAUGUGCAAGCUAAAUCUUUUGAUCAGUGGUUUAAGAUUGGGUUUAAUGAUAAAAACAAAGUGAAGAAGUUUAAAGAAUGUCAUAGGAAGCUUAAGGUUCCAUUGGAUUUUGUGGUUUGUCAAAUUGAUGAUAAGAUGUGGUUCUAUGAUUUGCUUACUGUUGGGAAGAACUUGUCAUGCUCGCAUAUUGAUGUUUGUUUCUACUAUUUGAGAAAGAAGUUAAAGUAUGACCAGUCUGUGAAAAUUUCUGGUAAUACUACUGAUUGCUUCUUUGCUUCUCAAAUUUUUGAAUUAUAUAAUGAGUUUGUUGCAAGUGGUGAAAAUGUUGAUUCGGUUAAGAAGGAUUCUAAGGCAGCUGCAUACAUAGCGGGUUUUUAUAUGUUAUGCAAUAAACCCUGGCCGAGCUUGAUUUCGUACUAA